AUGAUACAAUUAGUUGUGGUGAUUGUUUUGUCAUUAAUCUUGAUUGAUUUGGGAUCGACACAAUUAUACCAAAAAUCGAUCAAUUGGGAUAAUUAUGCUAAUGGACAGUAUUCUGAUUCGAUGGCUAAAUCUGACUUUGGUUCAGUCAGUGGAUGGCACAAUGAUCGUGCAAUGAUUUCAAACAAAAACUUACGUAUUACUUUAAGAAAAAAUGCUCUAUCCGGAGAAUCUGGUAUCGUAUCUGCUACUCGAAUUCCAGAUGGUUCUGCAUAUGAAUUAGAUUUUGAUGUUCGAUUUCACAGUCAAUUUGAUUGGAGUCGUGGUGGAAAAGUUGGUUUUGGCUUAGGUAUUGGAAAUCGAAAUACUGGAUGUAAUGUACCAUUCGAUGGAGCAGGUGGAACUCUACGAUUGAUGUGGUACAACGAUGGAAAACGAGUCUAUUUCUAUCCAUAUGUAUAUCAUGCAGGAAUGGCAGGUCCUUGUGGAAGUAAUUUUGGAAAGUUAUAUCCAUCAUCUGGUAGUCUUGAAAAAGGUAAAUGGUAUAAAGUUCAUAUGUAUGUAAAAUCGAAUACUGGUAGUAAUGCUAAUGGACAUGUUCAAAUAAAAAUCAAUGGAGACACACUGAUUGAUCAAAGUAUUCUUUGGACAACCAAUGAUAGUAAACGACUUAUCAGUAAUUUAUCUUUUCAUACAUUUCGUGGUGGAAGCGGUGAUCAUUGGAAAUCCGAUGUUGAUAGUUACAUAUACUAUGAUAAUUUGUCUGUUAGACAAAUCAGUAAAUAA